ACAAACACCAUCAAUUUAUAUAACACUCUCACGUACAACUCCACAAAAUUCAAAUCAAAACCAUUUCUUCACCACCACACACCACAUCAUGGCCAUUGCACGGUGGCUCAACCAAACCGUAGGCUUCUUCGUCUUCUUUUUCCUCGACAUUUUAGAUUUCUUUCUUUGUUUUACUUACAAGAUGUUAGAUUUCUUCUUCGAAUCCGAAUGGAAACCCUGUUACUGCUCUUCUCCGCCCGAGGCACAAGCCAAGACCAGGAAGAUCAUAGUUUCCGAACGAGGAGAGUACUCAAAAGUUGUGUCUAUGACAAGAACUAAGAUCCAUUUCGACGAGAUCUCAGACACACUUUACUCACGUGGUCCUUCGCUUCUCGUGAGGCUCUCUAAGCUCGUGAGUUCCGUGAAAUGCUUCAGUUACAAAGGCUUGAUCAUGAGAGGCAGUGUGGUGGAAUCUUGUGCUCAUAAUUAUGAGUCUAAGAAGAAGAUUUCUAGUGGUAACAAAAAGAGAUUAAUGACUUUGAAUUCUACGGUGGUUGAGAAAUCUACGACAACUCCAAGAUGGUCUGACUGUCAUUGCAGCUUUUGCACUUCUUGGCUUUCUCCUUCCAACAAAGAUUCUCUAUUCGUCAAAGUUCAACAACCUAAAGAUAAUAAGAAGGCAAGAGACAACGUUGUAUUCAUACAUGGUUUCUUAUCAUCAUCAUCCUUUUGGACAGAGACUCUCUUCCCAAACUUUUCUGAUUCAACUAAAUCUAAUUAUAGGCUCAUCGCAGUCGAUCUUUUGGGUUAUGGAAGAAGUCCAAAGCCAAACGACUCGUUGUAUACAUUAAGGGAACAUUUAGAGAUGAUUGAAAAAUCGGUGAUCUCUCAGUAUAAACUCAAAAAGUUUCACAUAGUGGCUCACUCUUUAGGCUGUGUUUUGGCUCUUGCUCUCGCUGUUAAACACCCUGGAGCUAUCAAGUCCCUCACUCUCUUGGCUCCUCCAUAUUACAAUGUGCCAAAGGGAGUACAUCCGGCGCAAUACGUGAUGAGGAAAGUGGCUCCUAAGAACGUUUGGCCACCGAUGCAGUUUGGUGCAUCGCUGAUUAGCUGGUACGAGCACCUUGGCCGCACCGUUUGCCUUGUACUCUGCAAAGGCCAUCGCUUGGUCGAUUCUCUCACUCGCCUCUUCACCUUUAACAGGAUGCGAACGUAUUUGAUAGAAGGAUUUUUAUGUCACACACACAACGGGUCGUGGCACACAUUACACAACAUCAUCUUCGGAUCAGGAGGCAAGGUCGAGUCGUAUCUUGACCAUGUCCGUGAUCACAUGGACUGUGAUGUCACCAUCUUUCACGGUGGCAAGGAUGAGGUAAUUCCUGUGGAGUGUAGCUACAGCGUCAAGACCAAAGUGCCACGUUCUACCGUAAACGUCAUUCCCGACAAAGACCACAUCACCAUUGUCGUCGGCCGACAAAAGGACUUUGCUCGAGAGCUUGAGCUCAUUUGGCAAAGAUCUACUACUACUACUCAGAAGUGAAUAUAUGUAUGUGAUGAAACUGAAACUGUAUGAAGUAUAUAAUAUACCAAGUAAACAAAAGAGAUAUAUAUUUUCCACUUAGAGUUAGUUAAUUUUGUUUUGUUUUGUCUGUCUCUGUUCGAAAAAACAAUGUCAAGACCAUAAUUUUGUUUUUCUCUUUAUAACAAAGAAAGUAGUUAACUAGUGUAUACGCAGCCUCUUGUAGAGACACUUCAAUUAUCUAUUAAAUAGAUGUUAUAGAA